UAUAGUCCUGGAGCACCAGCUCCUCCAAACCAACCUGUUCCUCUUGGGCUACCUGGUAUGGGUCAUCCACCAGGAACUGGACUACUGGGCAUGACGCGAGCAGGUUCUCCUGUUGGUGCAUCUCGAAUGGCAGGGGCUUCUAAAAUUGACCCAACCCAGAUGCCUCGGCCAUUACCCACUUCCUCCAUGAUAACAUUUGAAACCCGUCAGAACAAUCAAGCAAACCUUCCCCCGCCUGCCACAAGUGACUAUGUGGCCAGAGAUACAGGGAAUUGUAGCCCACGGUACAUGAGCUGUACCAUGAAUCAGAUUCCUUGCACCAGUGACCUUUUGUCAACAUCAAGCAUGCCAUUGGCUCUUCUGGUUCAACCUUUAGCAUUUCCUCAUCCUUUGGAGGAGCCUAUCCAAGUAAUAUUCAAUCUUGCUCCAUCAUAGUACUUCAUACCUACCUUUCCUGGGGUGUGCAUCU